UACCACGCCUGCGCAGACUGUGUGUCAUGGCGGCCUCCUGAGUCCUACGGCGUGGAAUUCGCUUGGGUCUCCAGCCCAGAGUCGUGGUACAUCCCAGGAAUAACAUGGGCCAGCCAUGGAUGAAGUCACCUUCAAAAGUGACACUGUGCUGUCUGAUGUCCACCUGUACACCCCCAACCACAGACACCUCAUGGUGCGGCUGAAUGGCAUGGGGCAACCAGUCUUCCUGUCCCAGUUCAAGCUCCUGUGGAGUCGGGACUCUUGGACAGACUCAGGCCUGAACAAUGGUCCCAGAAAUGUCUCCACACAGGAGACAUCUCCUGCUGGGUCAGGAAGUGGCCACAGUCAUGAGGAUUUGUCCCUCCAGGCUGGGGAUGACAUCGAUCAAGAAGGGUUGAGUGUUCCCCUGGACGAGGAUGGGGAUCUGGAUGUGGUGCGAAGACCACGGGCUGCUUCUGAUCCCAACCAAGCAGAAGCCUGGAGAGACAAGGUACAUCCAUGAUUCUAGCUCAGGAGGAAGAUGACUCAUGGAGAUGGAGCGCAAGAGAGCUGCCCCCACAGCAUCAUCAAAAUCGAGCAUACCAUGGCCACACCCCUGGAGGAUGUAGGCAAGCAGGUGUGGCGGGGCGCCCUGUUCCUGGCCGACUAUAUCCUGUUCCGAAGGGACCUCUUCCAGGGACGCACCGUGCUGGAGCUUGGGGCAGGCACAGGACUUGCCAGCAUCGUGGCAGCCACCAUGGCACACACCGUUUAUUGUACAGAUGUCGGCACGGACCUGCUGGCCAUGUGCCAACGAAAUGUUGCCCUCAACAGUCAUCUGACUGCCACUGGAGAUGGCGUGAUUAAGGUCAAGGAGCUGGACUGGCUGAAAGACAACCUCUGCACGGAUCCCAAAGUUCCCUUCAGCUGGUCGGAGGAGGACAUCAGUAACUUGUACGAUCACACCACUGUGCUGUUUGCAGCUGAAGUGUUCUACGAUGAUGACUUAACCGACGCCCUGUUUAACACGCUCUCCCGACUCGUCCACAGACUGAAAAAUGCCUGCACUGCCAUCCUGUCAGUGGAGAAAAGGUUCAACUUCACACUGAGACACUUGGACGUCACAUGUGAAGCCUACGAUCACUUCCGUGCCUCCCUGGACUCUCUAGAGAAGCUGGCUGAUGGCAGACUGCGCUUCAUGGUGGAGCCUGUGGAAGCCUCCUUCCCACAGCUGCUCAUCUACGAGCGCAUCCGGCAGCUGGAACUCUGGAAGAUAAGAGUGGAACCAGCAGCAUGAGCCACCUCCAAAAGGCAUGACCUCUUGACUGUCACUUAAUACGUUUCCAAUAAAAACAAACCCUCCAUGUA